GAAAAAUUAAAACGAAAAGGUAAGAUAAUGGAAGAAUAUUGCAAUGGCCUAUAGGCAUUCAUCAUCAUCAUCUGCAGCGUCUCAUUCACGGUCUUCUUCUAACCUUGCAUGCUGGGCAUUCCUGUUCUUUGCAGCUUUUUUCGUCUUUAAGGUGGAUAUUCUGAUUGUCCAGAAAAUAUCGAGAAUUCGACAUAGUACGGAACGGAUAAAUCAAAUAGUAGUUCAUGAACCCAAAUCACCCGAUUCGCCAUUCAAGUUCGGAAAUGGAACAUUCCAAAAAGAGUUCGUAUUAUCGUGGGGAGAUGAGCGUUGCAAGAUAUAUGAAAAUGGAGAACUACUUACACUGGAACUCGACAGAUCUUCUGGGUCGGGCUUUGAGUCUAAAAAGGAAUUCAUCUUUUGCAAGAUUGAUAUGCAAAUUAAGCUCGUCCCCGGAGACUCCGCCGGCACCGUCACCACUUAUUAUUUAACAUCAGAUGGUGAUCACCACGAUGAGAUAGAUUUUGAAUUUCUGGGAAACUCAUCUGGCAAUCCCUACACGCUUCACACGAAUGUGUUUAGUCAAGGAAGAGGUGAUAGGGAGGUGCAGUUCUUCCUGUGGUUCGACCCGACUGCAGACUUCCACACAUAUACUAUUCUUUGGAAUCCUAAAGCUAUCGUGUUCUACGUGGAUGGAACACCGAUAAGAGAGUUCAGAAAUGCGGAGGCAAUCGGAGUUCCUUUCCCGAAGGAUCAACCGAUGAGGCUAUACUCAAGUAUAUGGAACGCUGAUUCCUGGGCCACACAGGGUGGACGUGUGAAGACGAACUGGACUCUCGCCCCCUUCGUGGCCUCUUACAGAAACUUCAGCUCCCAAGGCUGUGUUUGGUCACGGUUAAGCAGAUCCACGUCUUGCCCCAGUGACAAUUCUUGGAUGACAAAGGAGCUGGACAGGUGGAGCCGUGCAAGGAUGAGGACUAUGCAGAGAAGGCAUAUGGUUUAUAAUUACUGCAAUGAUAAGUGGAGGUUUCGCAGAGGACCUGGCCGAGAAUGCAGAUUUAGGUAGUGCAACAACAAAGCAAAAUUACCUCCAGACAGGAGUAAUGUAUUUCCAUUUUGCAUAUAUAGGAUCAAAUUUUACUUGCAAAUUUGUGAAAACUAAGUAGG